UUUAUUUUUUAUUUGGCUUGUCUUUUUCAGAAAACAGAGUUUCAUAAUUCACCUACCACCUGCCUCUACCUUUCUAGUGUUAUGAUAAUGGACCUGUCUGGGAUCUGAAAUGUGAUGUUUAAAGCUUUAGAUAAAUCUUGUAACAGAAAAUAGAGGUUGUCCUGGGAUAUUAGUGGAGGAAGAAAGAUACUGGUCAUCAGUUUUUGGAUAAAUCCAGGAACAAAGAAUCAUGGCCACAGUCAGCUGACUGUACUUAGAGAGUCCCUCCCCUGUCCCCUAGAGACUGCGGAGCUGGCUUUGUCCUAGAGAAGAGGCACAGCCCACCACGGUCUGAUCUGUGGCCCCUAUAAACACUGAGCCUCUGUCCUCUCAGUGCCUGUUGUUCAUCUGUGACCUGUGCUGGAAAGAGGGACUGCUGGCCCGUGACAGCAGGGACACCAUGUCCUCUCAUCAUCAGCAUGUAAAGAAGGGACUGACUCUCAAGAGCAUCAGGGGCCAGUGGAGCCGAGCCCCAGCCUCCCACAGUCCUAUAACCACUGAGAGCUGUGCCGUCCAGUGGGCGCCGGGCAGUGAAUGUGAACAAGACGAUUCUUCUGGGCGACACUCCAUUCAGAGAUUGAAAGGUCCUCAUCUUAACUGACCCGCUUUAUCAUCUCUCAGGUUCCCCAAACAUGACAGUGACCAGCAAAGUGCACAAACUGGGCAGGAUCACCCUGACAUGCUGGGCUUUUAAUCUGAAUCCUGCUGUGGCCAUCCUGGCCUGGCUUCAGCAUGGGAAGCCGGCACAGCAGCAUACCUUUGGGCCUGGGACCAUCCUGCCCAGCGGAGAUGGGACCUACCAGACCUGGGUGUCUGUUUGGGUUCUUCCUGGACAGGAACCACACUUCACCUGCCGCCUGAGACACCGCAGCAAGAACAUUGAGGUCCCUACACUCCUUGAACCUCAAGCCAGGAAAACUGGUGGAGCCACCAGCUCUGCUUCUGCUCUUGUGGCUUCUGUUUUUCCUGCCGUGUUGGUAUUUCUAGGCCAGGCCUAGAGCAGCAAGAACACACAGGACAGCAAGAG